GUGUGUGUGUGUGUGUGUGUGAGAAACGGGAGGAGCUGCAACCAGAGGAGCCUCACUCCUCUCCAGUCUCCGUCUGUGUGUGCCAGGCUCCCCGCUCGCUCACAGCGCCUGUCCUCGCCGCCUCCUCCUCUCCUUCCUCCUCGUCGCUGCCCUCCUUUUCCCCCGCUCCUCCUCCCAUUCCUCCUCGCUCUCGCCCGUCUUUUCCGUGCAGUUUGGUUUUUCUCCACCCUGCGGAUUUCUUCCGUCUCCCCCGGGAGGACAGCGAAGGCGGUGAAGCGCUGUCGUGACUUGGCCGCCACUGCAAGAGAAGGAGGGAAUAGGGCAGUCGAGAGAGAGAGAGAGAGAGAGAGAAGAGAGAGAGAGAGAAGAGAGAGACCGAACGAGAGAAAGAGGGAGACAGACCGAGAGAGAGACAGACGGAGGGAGGGAGAGACAGACGGAGAGAGGGCGAUCGAUCAGCGAGGACGGAUAGCUUGCCGUGCUGGCCGUGCAGGGCAGGAACCGGCUCUGCUGUCUGCUGUAGUCUGGGACCGAGGAAACCAGUCCUCUGGUGAGACCGCAUCAACCGGUCUACUGCCGGGAAACAGACUGGGAGGCUCAUCGGGAUCGCUGCUCAGGUUUUCACCCAGGGGACCCUUCCCGCUCUCAUCCGAGCCUCCUACUUGAACUUUUUUUUUUUUAAACGUCGGGAGUAUCUUUGUUCGGGGAUCGGUGCGGUGGGAAAGUUCGAUGCCUUCCUGACAUUAUUGAUCUCCGCCGGGAUAUGAUCAUGCUGGACACCAACCACUGCCUGUCCUUUGAGCCAGCCUCCCCAAUGGGCUCUCCUCCAAUCGGGGAGGACCUGGAGAAGGCAGACUUGAGGACGGACCUGGACAGGGAUGUCUAUCACAGCCUCAAGGAAGCCCUCCAGCUUAAACUUCAGCAGAGACGAACCCGAGAGGAACUGGUCAGCCAAGGGAUCAUGCCACCGCUGAAAAGCCCGGCAGCCUUCCACGAACAGAGGAGGAGUCUGGAGAGAGCCAGGACGGAGGACUACCUGAAGAGGAAGAUCCGCAGCCGCCCCGAGCGAUCCGAGUUGGUCAGGAUGCACAUCCUGGAGGAGACGUCAGCGGAGCCAUCCCUGCAGGCCAAGCAGCUGCAGCUCAAGAGGGCCAGGCUGGCCGACGACCUCAACGACAAGAUCUCCCACCGGCCCGGCCCCAUAGAGCUGGUCCACAAGAACAUCCUGCCCGUGGUGUUGGACGCCCUGCCCGAGUCUCCGAAGGGUGCCGGAGGGGAGAGCUCAUUGGACGAGGACAGCAGCGAUGCCUUGUCCCCUGAUCAGCUGACCAAUCACGACUCUCCUUUGGGCUCCAUUCCCCAGCUGUCCCCCUCUGACAUGCUGACCCAGAACGGAGACAUGUCCCCCUCCCAGUUCCUCUCACAGCCUCCCCCACCUCCUCCGCCCCCUCCCCCCCUGCUGACCAACGGCAUUGACUCCUCCUUGUCUCAGAGGCUGACCAAUGGGACGGCGAACUCCCGUCCACUGACCAGCCAGGCCAAGUCCAAGAGCAGCUCAGACCGACCUCCACAGAGAUCCAAGAAAGCCAAAGACAACAAACCCAAGGUGAAGAAGCUCAAGUACCAUCAGUACAUCCCCCCCGACCAGAAGGCGGACAAGGAGCCGCCGCCCCAGCUGGACUCCUCCUACGCCAAGAUCCUCCAGCAGCAGCAGCUCUUCCUCCAGCUACAGAUCCUCAACCAGCAGCAGCAGCACUACAACUACCACACCAUCCUGCCUGCCCCGCCCAAACCACCAACGGAGACGACCCCGUCAACAAAAUCAGGCCCCUCCCCUUCCCGGAGUGUAUCCACGACGACGACAGGGACCCCCUCCAAUCAGAGCGGGCCCCACCGUCAGAGCCAAACAGCACCAGGUGGAGCCAAACCAAGCACUUUACCGGCCAACCUCGACGAGUUCAAGGUCGCCGAGUUGAAACAGGAGCUGAAGCUCCGGGGUCUGACCGUGUCCGGCACGAAGAUCGACCUCAUCGAACGCCUCCGAAACUACCAGGAGCAGAACGGGGGCGGAGCCCUGAAGAACGGCCAAUCGCAGGCCGCGCAACCACUCGCCCACAACGCCACGCCCGCUCCCAACGCACUCCACCAAUCAGGAGAGGGCCUGACCAGGGUGCCGUCGUUCUCAUUGGCCCAGGGGCCCGUGCCGGGGCGGGUCAUGCGCUUCGGCAGCACCAGCUCCAGCCCCCCCGUGUCGCCCACGCCGUCGGAGCGCUCGCUGGCCGGGAUGAGCCCCGACGAGACCAGCUGCAGCGGCGACACCUUCGGGGAGAUGGUCAGCUCCCCCCUCACCCAGCUCACCCUGCAGCACUCCCCCCAGAACCCCUCGGGCGUCUCCCCCCUCUCCCAGGUGAAGGAGGAGCACCACAGCCCCUGCAGCCUGUCCCGGCCCUCGCCCGGCCGCGGCGCCGCCCCCGCCGCCGCCCCGACGCCGGAGCCCCAGGACGCCGGCGGCUCCCGGGACAAGGACCAGAUGCUGCAGGAGAAGGACAAGCAGAUCGAGGAGCUCACCCGCAUGCUGAAGCAGAAGCAGCGGCUGGUGGAGACGCUGCGCUCGCAGCUGGAGCACAAGGCCCCGGCGCCCGCCGCCACCGCCGCCCCGGCCGAGGCCAAGCCCCAGACGCUGUUCAAGGCCUCGGUGCUGCAGCCGCCCACGCUGCCCAACGGCAUGCUGGUCCGGAUCAAGAAGGAGGUCAAGGAGGCGGAGCACCACCACCAUCAGCACCGCCAGGAGGACGAGGACGAGGAGGCCAUGGAGGGGGUGACGGAGGAGGCCCAGGCCCGGCGGGGGGGUCCGCCCUCCCAGUGCUCCCAGGAGACGCUCCUGAAGCUGCAGCAGAUCCGCAGGAUUCAGGUGCAGCAGGCGGAGCAGCAGCAGCUGCUCAAGCAGCAGCUCCUGAAGCAGCAGCAGCAGCAGGCGGUAAAGCAGCAGCAGCAGGCGGUUCAGCAGCAGCAGGCGGUAAAGCAGCAGCAGCAGGCGGUUCAGCAGCAGCAGCAGCAGGCGGUCCAGCAGAAGGCUGCCGAGGCCAAGCAGCCGCCAGCCCCCCGGCCCGCGGGCCAGAAGACGGCGGGCGGCCAGCAGCUCCUGCUGCAGCAGCAGCAAAUCCAGCAGCUCAUCAUCCAGCAGACGCAGCAGAAGCACCUGCAGGCGCAGCAGAGGCUACUCGCCCAGCAGAAGCUCAGCGCUCAGGCCAAGCAGAGCAAGCCGGCGCACCACAGCCCCACCAAGGCCCCGGUCCAGGCCCAGGCCCCGGCCCAGGCCCCGGCCCAGGCCCAGGCCCAGGCCGGGCCGCAGAAGACCCCGCUGCAGCUCCGGCAGGUGGAGGUGCAGGUGCAGAAGCCCCCCGGGGCUCUGGUGCAGCUGAAGAGACCGCCGCGGGCCUCGCAGCCGUCCACGGCCCCCCCGGCUCGACAGGUGGGCCCGGUCUUCAUCAACCAGCUGAACAGCUCCCAGAUGCCCACCCAGACCAUCUCCCUGGACCUGCUCAAGGCCAACGGCACGCCCACGCUGGUCACCGACGGCAACGGAAACCACUACCUGGUGGCACUGACCAGUAACACCAGUAACACCACGGACUCUCAGAGCAAAGUGUCCCCGGGGAAAAGCAACGGGCGCAUCAUGCUGCAGAGACUACAGUCCACUCCAAACAAACUCCCCAGCCAAGCCAUCAACCCCCCCCCUGCGGACCCCAAGUCCAGCGAGCCCCCCGUGCAGCCGGCGCCGGUGGACCCGUCCGUCAAAAAGGUGCCGAAGGCGGGACUUCACCUGGAGACCAAUGGCGCGCCAGAACCCAGCCAGUCAGUCUCCGCCCCCCCCAGCCUGCAGCCCUUCUUCGAAGACAUGGCCGACAGCGAGUGCCAAAGCACCCUCAUCUCAUCCUUCAAGGAGAACGGCCUGAACAGCCAGCAGAUGGACGACCUGUUCGACAUCCUGCUGAAGAGCGGAGAGAUCUCUGGCUUCAAGGCCAACCCGGACCCCUCCCUCGCCCACCUCCACUCCGGCCCCCACUCCCCGGCCUCCCCCCCGCCGCUCUCCCCCCUGCACCUCUCCCCCCCGUCCCCCCCGCCCCCGGGGACCCCGCCCGGCCGGGUUCCCGCGGCGACGGGCGGCCGCCUCGAGGACUUCCUGGACGGCCCCUCGGGGGGCGGGGCCCUGCUGCUGGGGGCGGGGCCUCUGACGCUGAUGGACGAGCUCCACAGCCAGAUCCUGGGCUCGGCCGGCCUGCUGGAGCACGCCCACUCCCACUCGCCCAUGGACACCUCGGACCUGGGCUACUCCGCCCACCACCCCUCGCCCAGCCUGGGCUUCGAAGACCCCACCCUGGACAGCAUGGACUGGCUGGACAUCUCCAUGGCGGGGGGGCCGGUGGUGGGCGGGGACGACGGGGGCGUGGCCGGGAGCCGGGGGACGGGGCUCGGGCCGUUGGCUCCGCCCACUCCUCCCAGCGUGUUCUCUGCGGACUUCCUGGACAGCGCAGACCUGCAGCUCCACUGGGAGUCGUGCUUGUAGCGCACAGUGACCCUAACCCCCCCCCCACACACACACACACACUGAGACACACGCAAACGCAGACAGACACGCACACACACACACGCGUGUGAGUUCUUGUCCUGCUUUGCGGUCACACUUUAGUGUCUAAGUGCCGUCUCCCAACACGCGUGCAGAACCACUCCCUCUAUACUGUCUCUACCACUGACACACACACACACACACACACACAGACACACACACACACACACACACACACACACACACACACACACACACACACACACACUCACACUCACACUCACUCACUCUCCCUUUGGGUCACAUGCAGGAGGUUAUUUUCCCGGUUUUCCCCGCCAUUCCUGCUGAACUGAGGGACACUCUUAAAGGGAGUCGGCCAUCUCGGAUGUGAGGAGAUCCAACAGGUCGAUCCUCUGUCGGUCAUUUUGGAGCCAGGUGUUGUCUCCCAAAACCUGCUGAUCAAUAAGAGGCCUCGUUAAACGCCACAGUGGUUUCAGUUUCACUGUGAGAGAGACGAGAGUCUGUGGUUAUUCCCCACCUCACCUGAGAAGGUAGAAAAAGCAAAAGAAUGAAACGCAGGCAGCAAACUGUGUGUGUGUGUGUGUUUGUCUGUGCCCCACUAACUUUGCACUUACGCUGAAUUUGAUUGGUAGAAAAAGAUGAAGGGAGGCAGCUAAACUCUACAGCCCAAUGAGGAUAGGUGGCUUAGUUCGUAAGCCCCUCCCCAUCCUUGUGAUUUAUCCAAUCCGCUGUACCCCUGUAGCUGUUUACAACAGUGUGACCACACACACACACACACACACACACAUACACACACACACAGUAAAUCAAGCGCUAAACACAGUGUCAUGAGUUUUAAAAAAAAAAACAGUUGCUGAUGAAAGUCAUCGGCGACAGCCAUUGGUCGAAGGCCUUGAGGUGUGUGUAUAGUAUUACCUGGGAGGAGUCUUCUUGGCAGACCACUAUGCAUUGCUGUAUAUGGGGUGUAUAUUAUCUAAUGUCCAUAAAUGAGUAUUUUUCUUUUCUUUCUUGGUUGCUUUGAGUGGAGCUAGCUGGGCAAGGCCAGGUUUCAAAACAGCUUGGACUCAACUUUUGUUAUUUUUUAAAAGUGUUCAAGAAAAUAAAUAUGCAAUGUAAACUUA